AUGGACGGUCUCAGCUCGAUCUCGCAUCCUCUGCUAGAAGAACUCCUCAAACAUCCUGAUCUGGACGUAGUCACGCCUUCAUCCCCCUAUUGGACUUCUAUUCGCGCAACCUACAUUGCAGACAACCCUGCGAGACCCAUUGCCAUUGCCCGCCCCCAAUCCAUCGAGGAGGUGGCUACAUUCGUUCGUGCUGCGCGUUCUCAUUCAGUAAAGCUUUCUGUACGGCCAGGUGGCCGCGAUGCUUUUGGCCGCAGCACGGUGGAUGGAGCUUUGGUGGUUGAUAUGCGGUCUAUCAAGUCUAUCGAAGUGUCUCAAGAUCGAAAGACGGCCACCGUGGGCGGCGGCGUCUUGAAUGGGGACUUGAUCACCGAGUUAUCCCGGCAUGGUCUCGUCACGCCAUUUGGCUAUGCAGGAGCGAUUGGAUAUCCUGGCUGGGCUAUGAUGGGUGGAUAUGGAUGGCUGGCACCGAACGUCGGUCUUGGAGUUGACCAGAUUGUCAGCGCUCGUGUUGUCAAUUGGAAAGGAGAGGUCUUGGAAGCCGAUGCAGAGUUGUUGAAAGGAAUCAGAGGAGCUGGUGGAAAUUUCGGGAUGAUAGUAGAGCUGGGAGUCAAGGUGUAUGAGCUAAAGUCGUUCCUUGCCGGUCCGAUCAUGUUCAACUCGACCAAUAUCAAAGAAACACUCCGACGGUAUUUCCAAGGAUACAAUGCUAUGACCAAAUCUCCGUACGGGGCCGUAUCGCCCUUUGCCUUCCCGCAUCCCGAGCGUGGAUGGACAUUCACCGUCAAUUUCGCCUGGAGUUCCCCUGAUAUGGAAGCAGAAAAGCCCGAAUGGAUUGAAUUUUUCGUCCCCUUGACUCCCACCGGCCCCGAUGCAGACAACGCAGUCAGUUUUCAGAAUCUCUCGGAAAAGACCGUGGACGUUAUUGCAGACUACAUGUCAACACCACCCGCGGACGCGGCCAAUGUGUUCCUGAUCCGCGAAAUGCGUGGACCCUCUGCAGAGCAAAACCCUCAUUCGUGCUUUGGACCCAGAUCACCGCAUUUCGUACUCGAACUCGUUGGCGUAACGACCAAUGAGAGCCAUGUUGACGCCUCAAGAAAGAAAAUAAGAGAUUUCUUUGAAGCCCUGAAGGCCACCGGCGAGGCGAUGGAUGCCACAUACGUGUCUAUGACGCAGGAUAGAGACACAAACAUCUCCCAGUGCUUUGGCGAUGAUUGGCCAUUCGUGCUGGAAUUGAAGGAGAAAUAUGAUCCGGAAGGCAUCUUCGAUGCGGCAGUUCCCAGGCUGAAGCGAGUCUGA